AACUUCAGUAGUGUUGGGAGGUUAUCGAAAUCAAUUAUUUUUUUCAAAAUGAGAUUGUCAGCAGUGUUCGUGGGGCUGACGGUAUUGGUGGGCUCAUCGCUGGCCAAGGAUUGGUGGGAAAAUGGCAAUUUCUAUCAAAUCUAUCCCAGAUCAUUUAAGGAUAGCAACGGAGAUGGUAUUGGAGAUCUGAAUGGUGUCACUGAAAAAUUACAGUAUCUGAAAGAUCUGGGCUUUACGGCCACCUGGCUUUCACCCAUCUUUAAAUCGCCCAUGGCUGAUUUUGGUUAUGACAUCUCCGAUUUCUAUCAGGUCCAUCCGGAAUAUGGUACCAUGGAAGAUUUUGAAAAUAUGAUCAAGAAGGCCAAGGAGGUGGGCAUUAAAAUUAUUUUGGAUUUUGUGCCCAACCAUUCGAGCGAUGAAAAUGAGUGGUUCAAAAAGUCGGAGGAUAAUGAUCCUGAGUAUCGGGAUUUCUAUAUUUGGCACAAUGGCAAGGUGAAUGCCACCACGGGAGAGCGUGAGCCGCCCAACAACUGGAUGAGUGUGUUCCGUUACAGUGCCUGGCAAUGGAGUGAAAAGAGACAGCAAUAUUAUCUCCAUCAAUUUGCCAUCAAACAGCCGGAUCUAAAUUAUCGCAAUCCCAAGGUGGUGGAGGAAAUGAAAAAUGUCCUGCGUUUUUGGUUGGCCAAGGGUGUGGCCGGUUUUCGCAUUGAUGCUGUGCCAUAUUUAUUUGAAGUCGAAAUGGGUCCCGAUAACAAUUAUCCCGAUGAACCCUUGGCCGAUAAUGUCAAUGACUGCCCGGAUCCCAUGGAUAAUUGCCAUUACAAACAUCUCUAUACCCAGGAUCAACCGGAAACCUUUGAUAUGGCCUAUCAAUGGCGUGCUGUGGUGGAUGAAUUCAAAAAGGAACAUGGUGGCGAUACCAGGAUCCUAUUGACCGAGGCCUAUACCAGUUUUGAGAACAUCAUGCGUUUCUAUGGUGAUGGCAAGAGGAAUGGUUCUCAUGUGCCAUUCAAUUUUGAUUUCCUUACCAGCGUUUCGAAUGACACCAAGGCCGGAGAUAUGGUGAGUCACAUCAAGAAAUGGAUGGAUGCCAUGCCCAAGGAUGUAAGGGCCAAUUGGGUACUGGGUAAUCAUGAUAAUAAACGUGUGGCCUCGCGACUGGGUGUGAAUAGGGCGGAUUUGUUUAAUAUCCUACUGCAAACUUUGCCCGGCAAUGCUGUUACCUAUAAUGGUGAGGAAUUGGCCAUGACCGAUGUUUUUAUUAGCUGGGAGGAUUCAGUGGAUCCCCAGGCCUGUAAUGGCAAUCCCCAGACCUACUAUGGCCUGUCCAGAGAUCCAGCACGUACACCCUAUCAAUGGGAUGCCUCAAAUAUGGCAGGUUUCACCACCGGCGACCACACCUGGCUACCCGUCUCCGAUACCUAUGUUACCGUCAAUGCCCUGGCCCAGAUGCGUGCCCCACAAUCCCAUUUGCAAAUCUUCAAGAAGCUAACGAAACUACGCAAGGAGCCCUCAUUCCAAGAUGGCGACUUAAGCAUUGAGGCCAUUGGUGAUGAUAUUGUACUCUAUUCACGCCAAAAGGAGGGCAGUGAUCUCUAUGUUGUGGUUUUGAAUUUGGGCAAAACUGAUCAGACAAUUGAUAUAACUCAAUAUUUUGCAUUGGGUUCGAAGGCCGAAGUUAUUACCGCCUCCAUACAAUCGUCCAAUGUUGAUGGGCAAGUCAUCAAUCCUAGCCAAUUCAAGGCUGAAGCCGGCGUGGGCACCGUUUUGGUGAAAGUCUGAAGAGAGAAAUGGAAUUUUUUUCUUGCAAAGAAAUAAAAAAAAUAUUAUUUCGAAAAUAUUUUGGAUAUGAAAUUCCAAACAAGUCAUAAAUAAUAAAUAAAUAUUCACAAAUGUUCCUAGUAAUAA